GUGCAAAACCCGCCAUUUUUGUUUCUUCAUCACAACAACUCUCCAGUAGAUGAAUAUCAAUUGUUGUUGAAGAAAUACAUACUCCUAUAAAUCUUAAACAACAACAAAAAAAAACCCAUACUUUUUAGUAUUAACAAAAUAUAUAUUUGACUAAUUGCCUCGAAUUCAGUUCCCUAUAAAUCCAAAAUUCAACUUGCCUUCCCUUCUUCUUCUCCUGGAAUCCCGCUUUCUAAUCUACCCUUCACCCUCAUUCUCCAUUAAUUACCCUCAUUAAAAUAUUUUUGCUUACCUCUUACCAUGUCUUCUUGUACUGCUGCAUCAUAUGUUUUUUUCACAUCCACGCUUUCCAUUUGCUUUACGUACUCUUCAAAAAGCCUUCUAUUUCUCCUCUCACGUACUUUUCGUGACCCCUUUUUGCUUCUUCCACCCAUUGUACGGUACCUAAUUUUAUUAUUUUGGGGCUGUUUAAUUUAUAGUCAUAAAAGGGUAUUCUUAUAGGUAGUGGCUGAGAUUGAAGAAUAAUUUGUGUCAUUACGAGAUUUUUGUUCUUGAUUGGAAUGUGAAAGCUUCUGAAGAUUAAAGGGUUGAUUCAAUGUCCGAUGCGGUUAAGUUGGAAUCCAUUCUCUGUCAGAAUGGCGAGGAGCCAGAUUAUACAUCUGUAACUGGGCAGGUGGCAUUUGCCAAAAGAUUAAAUGUGGUGCGCAAAAUUCUUGACGGACUUCGUAGGCAAGGAGAAUGGUCAGCUAUCAAGACAUCAAUUGGUGCAGUUCGAAGAGUAGCUAGUAACAGGUAUUCCAAAAUUAAUCAAGCUGUGGAUACAGAAGAAAGAAGGGAACAUGGAUCUGGAAGAAAUUCUGGCCCACUUUUGUCUGGAACUGCAUAUUGCCUUUCUUCUUGUUGCAUGAUCAUGCUGAACAAAGUUGUCCUUUCAAGUUAUUCAUUCAAUGCUGGGAUCUCAUUGAUGUUUUACCAGAAUCUUAUCAGUACUCUUAUAGUUGGUAUAUUGGGUUUCUUUGGAGCAGUUACAGUGGAGAAGCUCAAUUGGAAGCUAGUUAAAGUUUGGAUCCCCGUGAAUUUGAUCUUCAUUGGCAUGCUUGUUUCAGGCAUGUAUAGUUUGAAAUACAUAAAUAUUGCAAUGGUGACCAUUCUGAAGAAUGUGACAAAUAUUUUAACUGCAAUUGGAGAGUUGUAUAUUUUUGGGAAGCGGCAAAAUCAGAAAGUGUGGACCGCCAUGUUUGUUAUGAUUAUCUCUGCUGUAUUUGGAGGUAUAACAGACCUCUCAUUUGAUGCUACGGGGUAUGCUUGGCAAUCAGUUAAUUGUGUUCUCACUGCGAGCUACUCUCUCACAUUGCGACGUGUCAUGGACAGAGCAAAGCAGUUUACAGAAUCUGGAUCUCUUAAUGAAGUAUCCAUGGUGUUACUGAACAAUGGGAUAUCUAUACCUUUUGCUAUCAUCUUGAUCUUCCUGUUCGAUGAAUGGAGUUACAUAAUUAAUGCGGAUGUCGUAAAGAUGCCAAUGUUUUGGGUUGCUGCAACAGCCAGUGGGCUGCUUGGGCUAGCUAUUAGCUUCACAUCAAUGUGGUUUUUGAAACAAACUGGUCCAACCACCUACAGUCUUGUGGGUUCCUUGAACAAGAUUCCCAUUUCUAUUGCUGGCCUUUUGGUGUUCAAGGUUCCCCUCAGUAUUCCCAAUUUAUUCAGCAUACUUUUCGGUAAUGUGAACAAUCCAGAUGCUAUUCUUGAAAACUUAAGGAGUUACUCUUUUGAUUAUUGUUGUCCUUGAGCCUCCCUACCAUCACAAGGUAGGGAUAAGGUCUGCUUUACACACUUCUCUACUACCCUCCUCAGACCCCACAUGUGGGAUUGUCGUUGUAGUACUUAUUGAUUGUUCCCGUCUCAAAUUUACCAAUGCUUUCAGGUCUACUUGCCGGCGUACUCUUUGCCAGGGCUAAGAUGUCUUGAAUACCAUGCUGGAAAAUCAAAUGGCAUGCAUAUCUGUCAAUAACUCUUUAAGACAAGAGCCCCCACACAAGUCAUCUGUAGGCAGUAGUGUCUGUCAGAUGCUCAUUCAAGGGAAAUGAAGUAUCUAUCAAUUUUGGUUUUUGUGAGCAGUAAUUUUACAAUUCAGUCAUCUGAUCAUCUUUUAUUUUCUCUGGAAUACUUCAAAAUGGUGCAUAUAUUACGCUGUAGAAAAGGGAAAACAAAAACUUCCUUUUGGAUUUAGUGAAAAUAGUAUGAUAGUGUGUGAUUUAUUUUGAAUCAUUGCCAUUUUUAUAAAGAUACAAUCUUCAUAUGUAAUGAUAUAUAUUGAUACCAUACAAUACAUAAGUAUUCUAAAGUAUUGAUUCAUAUUGAUACAAUCGUGACAGAUACAUUUUUAUUCAAUAAUGAUAUAUUUUCU